GGAUGUUUUAAAGUAAAAUUGAUUACAUUAUCAAAAUGUAAUCAUAAACGUAAUUGAUUCACUUUCAAUGUCCAAUCAUAAAUGUUUUUGUUACCAAUGGACAGAUCACCGGAAACCAAAGUGAUAAUGUGGUCAAACCAGCAUUCGUUACAUUUAAUGAUGAAUCGGCAACCAAAUAUCAGUAUCGAAUGUCCGGUGAUCCACGAUUAAUGUAUCCAUAUACGACCGAUGAUUAUGUACGUGAAAUUAAUUCAAUGAAACAAUUCCAUGAUCAACCAUUGCCAUUUCGAUUACCAUUCUUUGGUUUUGCUUAUCAUUACAUUUGGAUACAUAAAGAUGGUUAUGUUUGUUUCAAUCGUGGUCUAAAAAGUUAUGAAUUUCCCUUAUCAUUCCCGGCUGUUCCAGAUGAUCCGGAACGUGAAGAAGAUCCAUCAAUGAUGGCUAUAUUUUUUGCUCAUCAAGAUAUACCAUCAUCGAUAUCUGAAUCAGGUGUAUACUUACGGAUCGAAUUGGUUGAUCAAAUAUCCAAUCCUGAUUAUAAACAAAUGAUAUUGGAUAAUUUCAAAGAAGCAAUGGCUGGUUCGGGCGGAUUCACACCGAAAUUUAUCAUCAUUGUUACAUGGAAAAAUAUGACUUUCGCAAAUCGACGUUAUGAUCGACCAUUAAAAACGAAUACAUACCAAAUGGUUAUUGGUACCGAUGAAAAAGAUACGUUUGUCUUUUUCAAUUAUGAAUGGAUAACCUGGAUAACUCAUCUGGAUAAUUAUGACGGGCUUAAUGGUCCUGCCGCUUAUGUUGGUUUUAAUGCUGGUAAUUCCACUCGUUCACAUGAAUUUGCACCAUAUUCACAGAAUCCACGUAUAUCACUAUUGCCACUCAUUGGCUAUGCUAACAAUAUUCCUGGUCGUGCCGUAUUUCAAGUUCAUGAUGUUCUUUUCCAAGGUUCAUGUGUGGAUAAAUCAUUGGACCCAACAUUGCCCGAUCGUAUGGGUCUAACUACAUCAGUAAAUUAUAUCAGCAGUCUUGGUGGAGAAUUGCUUGAAGUAACUGGACCUUGUUUUUGGCCUAACAGCCGAAUAACUUGCCGUUUUGAUUCUAUUUUGGUCAAAGGCCAUUAUUUAUCGACCAAUGUGGCCAUCUGUGUGACACCGUUGAUUAUGUUUGAAGGAUUUGUCGACCUGAUUGUUACUGUUGAUGAUAAAACCUAUUUCUACACCCGAAUGUAUAUCCAAUCUCCAGAAAGUCGCCGAGAAUUUGAUGUUUGGGUUGAUCCGACUGAAUUGAUUGAAAAAAAUCCUGAUACAAUCGAUGAAGAACCUGAACAAAUAUUGACAAUAAAAUGGAAGACCGAUAUUGGUGAUGAGAAAGAUCCAGUUACUAUCGGCAUAUGGGCUUAUCAAGAAUUGGAUCAAACUCUAUAUCCAAGGGUCUAUUGGAUUCUCGAUUUGACUCGUGAUGCAACCAAUAGUGGUGAAUAUCAAUUAGACCUGAAUCAAUUGCCUUCAUUUGAUCACCUAAAACGUUAUGAUUAUCAUUUUGGUUUUAUUGGGGUAAACAUAACCGGACGAGAGCUAUCGAUGACUGAAUGGAGUCAACCAAUGCCUUUAGGAUGGCUACUUCGACAUUAUUGGCGUCGUGAAUUCGGUCAAACUAAAUGGCAGCGAAAUUUUUGCCAAAAAUGGUUCGAACGGGAAGAUCAGAAUGAAUAUUUUGCUACCACAUUGUUUCGUUGUCCAUGUACUUUGGCUCAAGCGUUACAUGAUAAAGGCCGAUUUGCUCCUGAUGAACGAUGUAAUGUUGUUGAUAAGAAAUGUGAUCAACGCCAUUUGGGCGCUCAACAUUGUGUUCGUACAGCAAGACCAUCAAUUGGUGGAUCCGGCCAACAAUGCUGCUAUGAUGAUUAUGGAGAAUUAAUUCGUAGUGCUGAUACUAUGUAUUCUGGCAGGCCAUCACGAACAUUCAUUUAUGGAAAACAUCCAUUCAAGAUGCAAAUGCAGACACCUACAUUGUCUUAUUGGCAACAUGAUGUGAUGCCAUUCUACUAUUGCUGUAAAUGGCAACCCAAAGAAGAUGAUAGCGAAACUUGCAUGAUGUUUAACUAUUUUCGAACGACACAGGAUUGUAGUUCAUAUCAACCACCAGCCAUAGCAUCUGUUUUUGGUGAUCCACAUAUCAUAACGUUCGAUCGAACAAAUUAUACUUUCAAUGGUCGCGGUGAAUAUUCUCUUGUUCAUGCUAACAAUCCAAUACAUAAACUUGAUAUACAUGGACGUUUUGAAAGGCUACCUGGUCACGUUAAUGCUACUCAAUUGACUGCCGUAUCUGUACGAGACAAUGUCUCAUCGAUUGUUGAAUUUCGUAUUAGACCCGAUGGCUGCCGUUGGUUCAAUCAAAUAUUUAUCAUUGCUGAUAAAGAAUAUCUCUACUAUUGGGAUGAUAAUAUGCGUACGAUACAUACACGUGGUGUGAGCAUCUAUCAACCUUCUGGCAUUCGUAACAUGUCACAUUUGAUUGCCAUGUUUGAUUCUGGUGCUGGUGUUGAAGUGUUGGUCAACAGCGCAGGAACUUUAACCAUGCAUGUAUACCUACCGUUGACUUAUGUGAAUUCUACACAAGGUUUACUUGGUUAUUAUUCCAAUGAUCCGAAUGAUGAUUUCAUGCUUCCAAAUGGUUGGAUAUUUACAAAUGGACAAGACAAAAAUAUCAAACGAAUUCAUGAAGAAUUUGGUAUUAAAUAUCGUUUGCUCGAAACUGCUCAACAGAAUAUUUCACAGUCAUUGUUUUUUCAUGAUGUUCUCACUCAUUCACAAUAUGAUGAUGUAAAAUUUCUUCCACAAUUUGAUUUGGAUCCAAAAGAACUGGAACAUUUGAAUGAUGUUGAUCGAAUCUGUUCGAAUUCAUUGGCAUGUCAAUUCGAUUAUCUAGCCACUGGUGAUAGUGGAUUUGCUGAGAAUACGAAAAAAGAAGAAGCAAUCGCCGAAAACAUGUAUUUAAUUAUUGCAGAAUCAAUUAUUCGAUGUCCAGCAUUGAAUAAACCGAUAAAUGGCCGUAAAAGUGAAAAUCGUUAUUGGCCCGGUACUAUUGUUCGAUUCAGUUGUUUGGAUGGAUAUCGCCUUCUAGGCUACGAAGUACGUCGAUGUCGUGAAGAUGGCCUCUGGAGUUGGGGAGAGGAUCCAUUUUGUAUGCCUGUAAUACAAUAUAAUAUUCAGCUUUUAUUCACUUAUCUCAUACCGAUUAUCGUAACAUUUUUGGCAAUAUAUAUGGCUAUAUUUUUUCUCAAACAUCGUCAACAACAGAAGCAUAAAAUGAACAACACUUCACAGAGACGACAUUGGUUAUUGUCUCGGCUAAUGUCAAAUUUUACCAAUACCUCACAAUAUGGUGGACGAUCAUCCUAUAUUACCGGUGAUAAUGUUGAUCAAUUGAUCGAUGCUAAUCGUUUGAACGAGUUAACAAAUUCACCACAUGCUGAUCAAAUUGACCACGAAAGCACUGAUGACCAAAAUGACGAAGAUGAUAUACAGCAGUCUAAUGUAGCACCGCCACCACCAACUGUUCCACCACCGUCAAUAGAACCUGAACAAUCAUUCAAUAAUUUUGUUUCUCCAUUCUAUCGACAAAAUACGACUAAUGAAUCAGAAGAUUCAGAUAAAGCUAUUCUUGUUUGAAUGGCUUUCUUUUUUUCAGAAUAAUAAUAAUAAAACUACUCUAUCAAUAAA